GCAGGGAGGCUGAGCUGCCGCAGGAGGCUGCCGCUCGUGCUGCUCCGCGGGCACCCCGAAUCGUACCCGAACAGUCGACCGGUGAGGACGUGUCGCCGUCGAGCGGUCCCGGACGCACCGACCACGUGGACAGCGCGCGUCGUCUGCCGUGACAGUGUGUGACAGUGUGUGUGACAGUGUGUGUGACAGUGUGUAACAGUGUUUGCCCGCGUGACUGCGCGCGCGCGCGUGUGUGGGCCAGUGAAACAAGUGCGUGACACAGUGCGUGACGGGCUCAGGAUCGUCUUGGAUUAGAUCCUGAUGCUGCAUGCUGCCCGCCGCUGAGGACCGGUCCGUGCUGGGUCCCUUGGCCUCGCCCCUGGGCCCCCUGGGGACGGCGGUCGGCACCGUGGCGACCUACGAGACGCUCCCGCUGCCCCGGCAGCCCGGCCAGGGCGGCCAGGGCCAGGGCGGCUCGGCCGACGACAGCUCGCGGUCCUCCCUGUGCAGCGAGAGCCCGCCCCUCUCCAGGCACGGCAUGCUCGACCUGUCGCCCAACCCGUCCUCCAUGCUGUCCUUCCUCAACGCGGGCGCCGGGGGCGGCUUCCUCCUCGGCAACCCUCCCCUGGCCGCCCUACACUCCAUGACGGAGAUGAAGUCCAACGCCCUCUUCCCGCCCGUCAGCCACCUGAGCCCCAACUCGGGUAAGGCCAGCCCCAACGGGUCGUCCACCUCCUCGCACACGACGUCCUCGGGCGCGUCGGCCACCGCCAACCCCCACGGCAUCGACCACAUCCUGAGCAGGCCCCCGGCCGUCACCGUGCCCGGGGCCUCGCCACAGAGCAGAGGUUCACUGCCCCGCGGCUUCAGCGUCUCGGCGGGCAUGGCGGCGGCCAACAUGGCGGCCAACAUGGCCGCGGCCAGCUACUUCCAGCAGCAGCAACAGCAGCAGCAGCAGGCGGCCGUCGCGGCCGCGGCCAUGGGGAAGCACCCCGGCGGCCCGCACCACCACGGCGCCGGCGGCGGCCACCCGGCGCACCCAGGACACCACCCGCACCAGCACCCGCUGUCCGACCUCACCACGCGCUCCGGCAUCUACUGGCCGGGACUGCAGGGCCUCGUCAGCAACCCGCUCGUCUGGAGGGACAAGCUGAGCAACAUGUUCGGCAAUGUUUCAGUGGCCGGUGGCAAUGUGGGAGGAGUGGACAAGGACGGAAAGAAGAAGCACACCAGGCCAACCUUCAGCGGCCAGCAGAUCUUCGCGCUCGAGAAGACCUUCGAGCAGACCAAAUACCUGGCGGGACCUGAGCGAGCCAAGCUGGCCUACGCCCUGGGCAUGACCGAGUCGCAAGUGAAGGUAUGGUUCCAGAACAGGCGGACCAAGUGGCGCAAGAAGCACGCCGCCGAGAUGGCGACGGCCAAGCGCAAGCAUGAGGAGCAGGAGGUGGACGGCGACCAGGGCGACGAGUCCGACCCGGAGGCAGACGACGGCGACCGGAACACGCAGGCCCGGAAGCUGCGGAGGGAGCUGGCCAGGCAAGCCGAGGAGCUGCACGGCCACUGAAGCCAGAUCAAGACUGCGCCCCACUCCUAGUCAGACAGACGUUGGAAAACGUCUCAAAUUUAUUUUCGUUAUCAAGGAUGCGUCGGCCCGGCGGCCGGCUGUUUUCGUGAAGUUUCAAGAGUGAAGCAGCAGACGGCCGAAACAGCGGUGAAGGUGUUUGGUGUCCGAUUGGUUUGAUGUACAUAGUUAAGGGGUGGAAAGAAUAAGAAAUUAUUCAGCGCGUUGCCGGGGUCGCAUCAAAAUGUGACCCUUUUACGUGCUGAGUCGUCGGUUCGUGAACUGCGAUGUACUCAGUGACUGCAAUACCUUUCCUAAUAAUUUGUUUAAAAAUU